AGGUGGGUGGGUCCAUGAGUGCACGUUCCCAAUUUCACUCCCUUCUCCCCCUCUUUGAUUCCCCAUCCACCGCCGCCUCCUCUCUCGCCUCACCGCCGGCCUCCUCUAUGCCCCUUCCUCUCCCUCUCGGACGACGCCUAGCUAUGGCCGCCCGUGCCGUAUCCUGCAUCUGGCGCGGGAGUGUGUGGUGGUGACUAGCCGAGCCGUCCCGCUGGUGGAUCGAGCACGAACCCUUGCGAUGGCGUCCGGACGAGGCCGGGCACAAGGCGGAGCUGCGGCCAGCGGUCCGGCACCGGCGCAUGCCCGGCGGCGGGACCGUCAUCGCCAUGGCCGGUGGGAGAGUUGGCGGCAGCAAGCGGUGCGGUGAGGGGAGGCGCACGGGUGAGAGGGUGGGGCUCUCGCUAGCCGCUCUCCUGUCCCGUUGGUUUCUUGCGGCCACGGUGGCGUUUCUCAGAUCGAGCUGGAUGGCGCGACGGGGGCGUGGCGCAGGUCGACUUGCGAGCGCAUCCGACAUCCUGGUGGCCACGUAGCGGCUCUGGUCGCCGGGAGGGCUUAAUUCUGUGGUCGAUUCCAUUCACUCCUCCCGUUCUCACUUCUCUUUCUCUUCUUGAUGCAGGGUCGUGAUGUGAUCCACCUUGUCCAGAGGGUAAUUUCUGCGUGUGAUUCGGGUCGGCACCGCUGUUGUCACCGGCAGAAUGGCCGCCUGGCCAUGGGCAGGCUCGGAGCCCUCUGCGAGCAGGUGAAGGAGCUUAAUUUCCAGGGGUAUGAGGUGAUUCUGGUCACCUCCCGCGCCGUCGGCGUCGAGGCAGAGGCUCAAGUACCGAAAGCUCAUCAACAGCAGUUUGGCCGAUCUGCAGAACCCAUAGUUCGACCUGGAUGGGAAGGCAUGCGCUACCGUCAGCCAGAGUGGCCUCAUGGCUAUCUACGAUACACUGUUUAGCUAGUUGGGUAAUUCGUCUGUUGCUUCACGGAUUUUCCUGCACGUUGUGUCUGUAUUACUGCCACUGAACAUAUACCUCAACUGAAGAUCUAGCUCGUGACGAUGAUGUACCUAAGGUUAGUGUUAUUAUUACAUAUGGGGAGAGGUUUAUGAAAGCCUACUGAAACUGAUUAUUUGGUUACACUCACCACUUCCUUUGGACAGAAGUCGUUGUCUGAACGUACUGACCAUUGUGUUAUGCAGUGUUGGUCAAUACUUUAAUGCACCUGUGUUCACGCAUGGCCAGCUUUAUGUAGCGUGUCGCGCGUGACCUCAAAAAAGGCUUUGAAAAUCCUCAUUGAAAAUGAAGAUGGUACUACUGAUUCUCAGACCAGGAACAUUGUGUUUCCUGAGCUCUUCCAAUCCAUUUCUUAUAAUCCAUGCUGGUGGUGUCUUUUACAAUACAUGCAUUAUUCUAUUUACCAUGUUUGCUAUGGCCGGCCAGUCUGUUCUAGCUGAUUCAUGUGGUCGUCCGAUAUGUGUGGUGCCAACUGCCAUUUCUUUGCUAGCUGAUGUCAAUAGUCUUUUGGUUCAUACAGCUUAGUGCCUCAUAUAUGAAUGCUCCUUUUGGGUUCUUCAAUUUCUCUUCCCCCCCUAUCUUUUGCUGACUACACUGAUUAUAUGCCUGUUCUACCCGAUGCUCUUUCUUUAUGCUGGUCCUAUGUCACGGGUGUUAAUAUCUACAACCUAUUUGCUGCUUGUUGUGCAAAAUCUUUUGGUUAUUGUAAAUUAUUCCCUGCUGUAUAAAGUUUGAUUUUAGUCUGUUGCAUUUUGUUGGUUCCUAUCUUGCCAAUGUCUACAGCAAUAUGCUUUCUUGAUAGCCUAUUUUGCUUCACAUUUUUUGGGUAUGCCACUUCUCUAAUGAGUGGGUGCAUCUUUACUUUGUUUUAUCAUUCUAUGUUUUUUUUCCUAACCUUUUUGGUAUUCUGCUUUCUCCUUGCAGAUGGCAAGCACCAUUUUGUUGGUUCCUGCCUUGCCAAUGUCUACAGCAAUGUGUGCGUCCUUUGUCUCAUCUGUGGCAUUACCGUGGGGCGACUCAUAAUGGGCUUAUCAAGCAUACUGACCUUGUGAUGAUAGAUAAAGAGGUUGAUUUCAGUGUCAUUCAGAUAAAUAUAUUUUUAGCCCUGUGAAUUCAAAAAUGAGUGCUUCUUGGUUGUUUCUGUUGUUGGUCCAGAAGAUUCUUGGUUCUUGUUGGUGCUUUUA